AUGUUUUAUUUAUUAUUCCUUAGUGCCAUUUGCAUUGUGAUAGGGAAUUUAAAUUUGACAGUAUUCAGAUGGACUUAAUUAUUCCAAUCAAAUGCUACCUUGUUGGAUUUUACUCUGGCAGGUGAGCUUAAGGUUGUAAUUAAAUCAGAUGAUGAGCUGAGGAUGUUAAGAAUUAGUAUGAGUACAUUGUAUAUAACUUUAGCUAUCUUAAAUGUCAAAGAAAAGCAUCAAUUGUAUUCUAAUUCUUGUUUUUGA